AUGCUUCAGGAAGACACAAACCCUGACUCGCUGGCGUCUCCGGCGGGACAGAGCUCCGGCAAAUCCAAGCUGGACACGCUGUCUAAAGAAGAUCUGAUCAAGUUUGCAAAGAAACAGAUGGUGGCAAUGCACAAGAUCAAGUCUAAAUGCACAGAUUUCGAGAAGGAGAUUGAAGUGUUAAAGCAUGCUCCGAGUGGCACAUCAGACUCCUCCGUUAUCCAGGAACUGAGUGAGCGGAUGGACGCUGUGCUGCAGGAGAAAGCUGAGAGUCACCAGAGCCUGACGUUACUGCGCAGAGAACACGAAGAGUUCAGGAAGCAAGCACAGGAGACAGUGGCGAGAUUAGCAGCUCUUCAGGAGGAGCUAGACUUCAAAAACAAAGAGUGUACAGAAAUGCAGACGCACACAGCGGAGCUCACCGCUGACUUCAAAGCAACCUGUACUCAAUACGAGUCCAGAAUAUCUCAAACUCAGGAAGAGCUGGAAGAAGCCAGGCGCCAGUGGAUGGCAGCAGCGGAGGAUCUGAAAGACUCUCACCAGACGAGCCUCACCGAGUCCCAGCAGGAGACGGAGAACCUCCACAGGGAAAUCCAGAGGCUGAACAGACAGUACGAGGAUGACGUGCGGUUCCUGGAGGAGCAGCUGGAGGUGAACGCGGCAGACUUCGAGAGGGAGCGCGAGCGGCUGCUUCUGCUGCAGGAGGAGCUGUCGGAGCAGCUGGCGCUGAAGGAGGGCUUCCUGCAGGACGUGCAGGAGGAAGAGGAGGACACUAACAGAGCGGGGCCUCCCAAACAGUCCCCGAGUGCCAAGACAUCAGACGACUCGAGUCACGAGGCCAGCGUGCUGAAACUGGCACUGGAGGAUUUGCAGGCUCGAAACAUGAUGCUUCAGGAAGAGCUUGUGUUUUUGCGAAAUGUGAAGCGGGAGCUGGAGUCCGAGCUGAAGCAGGUGCGAGAGGAGUUCACCGUGGAGAAGGAAGAACUGGAGUUCAGAAUCGACGAGCUUCAGAUGAACCGAGGUGAAGAGAGGUGCAGCGUCUCUGAAGAGUCCCACAGCGACGGCCUGAAGCAAACCUGCUGGAGUGCUGGAGGAGAGCAGCGAGACAGACCCUCAGCUCCGUCUGAAGAUCAGGACCGAGCAGAGCGCUUCAUGAAGCAGUACAGAGCCAUGAAGGAGCACACGGCUGCCUCGCUUCAGGCUCUGCAGGAGAAGCUCCAGAGCGUCUUCCAGGAGAGGGACCGAUUGCUGGAGCGCUGCAGAAACGCAGAAGAAGCAUCAGAGCCGGCAGCGGAGGGACUGGAGAUGUCUUUUGAGGACCUAAGGAACAAAAAUGAAGAGAUCCUAGUGAGUCUUCAACACGAGGAGACUCUUGUUCUCGAGUUCAAGGAGACGCUGAAGUUCACGGGGUCUGAAUCCGAGCAUGAGCUCACGCAGGCCAGUAACCUGGAGAAUCAGCUGUCCUCCGUGACCGAGGAGAAAGAUGAGCGCAUAAAGUCCCUCGAGGAGGACGUCAGUGCUCUUCAAGCCAGACAGGACGAGUGUGGAGACACCAUCAAGCUUCUCCGGUCUCAGAUCACCAGUCUGUCAGAAGAGAGAGACGGCCUUCAGCGAGACAUGGAGGCUAAUCAGGAGCAUCUCUCUGGCCUUCAGUGCCACAUCACUGAGAUCCUGCAGCAGAGCUUCUCUGAGACGGAGGUCGACGGCUCGUCUGAUAUCUCUGCGCUCAUAGACCGUCUCUGGACUGCAGCUCAGGAGGAGAAAGCAGUGUUACGCCAGCAGCUGGAGGAGAGAGUCGAGCGCGUCACCGCCGAGCUGCAGGCGCGGAUCCAUGACCUCCUGCGGGAGAAGGACCUGCUGAAGGCCAGUCUGGGUGAUGUGCUGUUAGACACCGAGGGACUGCAGAAGGACCUGAGAGAAAUGCAAGCCAUGAACGAGAAGCUGAGGGCAGAAAACCACAGUCUGCUUGCUCAGGUCGCUGACUUGAGCAGGGGUUUAGAGGAAAAACGAAAGGAGUCGCCGGAUGAAAGCGACGCACAGGUUCAGGAGGCCAGCGAGCUCCAGCAGGCUCUUGCUGACAGAGACGCUCUAAUAUCUCAGCUCAGGGAAGAAGUCGCUCACUUACAGAUGUGCAAGGAGUCAUCGGUGUCUGAUGAAAACGAACAAAUGAAAGCUUUAUCUCAUGAAAUGGAGAUGCUGAAGAAAGAAAGCAAAGAUAAGGAUGAACGCAUGAACAAAAUCAAAGCUGUUGCUGUGAAGGCUAAAAAGGAGCUGGACAACAGCAAGAAAGAGGUCGUCUCUCUGAGAGAAGAAGCGGACCAGCUGAAGGCUGAGCGAGACGCAUUAUCACGGUCUAUGAAGGACAUCAUCCACGGCGCAGAGGACUACAAGAACCUGAUGGUGGAUUAUGACAAGCAGGCUGAGCUGCUGGAUCUGGAGAGAGAGAAGCUGGAGCAGGCCAGUAAACACAGUGAAGAUUUAGCCAAACGCCUUCACAAUGCAGUUCAGCAGCACGAGCUGCUGUCCUCAGAGCGACAGGACCUCACGGCCCGUAUAGAGACGCUGCAGAGUAACGCCACGCAGCUGGAGUCACAGAUACUGGAGACGCAGAAGCUGAAGUGCGGGCUGGAGCGAGAGCUGGAGGCAGAAAGGCUUUUAAGAGAGCAGAAGUCUAAGGAGCAUCAGUCUGCAGUCAAGGAGGUGGAGGAGCUCCAGGCUCAGCUCAGCAGACACAAACAUCAGCUCCAGCAGACCGCUCAGGAGCUCGAGCAGCUGCGCAAGGACGCUCAGCAGAGCACACUGAUGGACAUGGAGAUGGCAGACUACGAGAAGCUGGUGAAAGAGCUCAAUCACAAGCUCUGUGAGAAAGACAAGCAGAUGGAGGAGCACGAGAUGCACAUACAGACACAGAAAGAACGAGAACAACGGCUGAUGGAGGAAAUCGAGUCUCUGAAGCUGCUGCUGGAUCAGACGGAAGACAAAGCCUCCAGGAUGAAACAACUGCUGGUCAAGACCAAAAAAGAUCUGGCAGACGCAAAACAAAAAGAAGCGGCGCAGGUGAUCUCGCAGUCUGCUCUGAGAGGAGAUCUGGAGGCCCAUCAGCAGCAGCUGGAGGAGCUGAAGAUCCAGUGCAGUGAGCUGACGGCCGAGCGUCACCGGCUGCAGGAGCAGCUGAAGCUGAUGAGCGAGCAGCACCAGCGGACCUCCAGCUCGUAUCGGCACAGUCUGAACACGCUGCAGGACGAGUGCACGACCGCUAAGGCUGAUCUUGCAGCGACGGUGUCCGAGUUUGAGAGUUAUAAGGUGCGAGUCCACAAUGUGCUGAAGCAGCAGAAACACAAGAGCUCAGCUCAGAGCGACGGCGACGCUUUCAAACAGGAGAGAGAGCACAUGGAGGCCGUGGUGGAGCAGCUGCGCAGCCGCCUGAAGGAGACGCAGCAGAGCCUCCAGUCCAGCACCUCAGAGCUGCAGCAGCUGCAGGUGGAGCACGACACGCUGCUGGAGCGACACAACCGCAUCCUGCAGGAGAGCGUCAGCAAAGAGGCUGAGCUGCGAGAGAGGCUGCUGUCGCUGCAGUCUGAGAGUGUGGCUCUGAAGUCUGAACACGGCCAGUGCGCAGCUCAACUGAGCGCCCAAAGCGAGGCUCUGCGCAGCAGCUUCCGUGAGCAGACGCGCCAUCUUCAGGACGAGCACUGCAGCACUGUAGAAACGCUGCAGCAGCAGAUCAGCAGACUGGAGGCCCAGCUCUUCCAGCUGCAGAAAGAGCCCAGCAGCACCGGCACAGUGCAUGUGCAGCACAGCAGGAAGAGUCAUGUGGACAGGAGGCCUGCUGAUGUUCCUCUGCUGGACCUGCAGGGCAUGGCUAGAGAGGAGGGUGAGGGGAUGGAGACCACCGAGACCGAGUCACUGUCAUCCAGCGGGACCCCUCUGCCCUCUCUGGAGCAGCUGCUCACCUCCGCAGACCUCAAACACGAGCCUGUUGUCUGGCACACGGAGCCCAGUAAAGAGGAGCUGACGCAGAAGCUCAGCACUGCUGCUCGCAGCGUGGAGCACCUGAACAGUCUGCUGCACGAGACCGAGGCCACGAACGCUGUCCUGAUGGAGCAGAUCACUCUCCUGAAGAGUGAGGUGCGUCGACUCGAGCGCAAUCAGGAGCGUGAGAAAUCCGUGGCCAACCUGGAGUACCUUAAAAACGUGCUGCUGCAGUUCAUCUUCCUGCGCUCCGGCAAUGAGCGGCAGGCUUUACUUCCUGUCAUUCACACCAUGCUGCAGCUGAGCCCCGAGGAGAAGAGCAAGCUGGCUGCCAUCGCUCAAGGUGAGGAGGAGUCCGCGGGCUCACGGGGGUCAGGCUGGACAUCAUAUCUGCACAGCUGGUCAGGCAUCAGAUGAGAGGAGGACCAGCUGCUCUCCGCUCAGAGUAACACAGCUAAACAUAUCAGCAGAUCUUCUCUGGGCUUAUGCAGCCUUGAUUUCUACUGAGUUACAACUUGUCAGUCCUGAUGGGAUCUUUUUUUUUUAUUUAAUCUGGGUUAUUGAAGAUUAUUCUGUGCUGUAAAUCAUACAUAAGAAAUGUUGGUCGUAUUUAUCAAAUUUUAAUAUAAAUUAUAUCAUCAUAUAAUUUUUUCCACAAAUUGCCUAAUGGUUGUGUUGGUGUUUGUAAAUCUCAUAUCCAUGAGAGAUUUGAGGUUCAUUUAAUGAACAUUGACGUGAAGGAGUGUAAAUACAGGGCCUCAAUCUCAGCUGUGUCUGUCAGUCGGAGAGUAUAAUCUAAUUAAACCACUUUGAAAGCU